AUGGCCGACAUUGAGAAACACCCGGCAGCGGAGCCCCCUCAGUCUCUGGGCACUACCGACGAUGUCCACGAUAACCCAUUCGUCAAUGCGAACAAGCUUGCUCGCCGCCUGUCCGGCAGGCAGGUGCAGAUGAUUGCUAUUGGCGGUACUAUCGGCACAGGUUUGUUCCUUGGAACUGGCUCGUCACUCUCCAAGGGUGGGCCUGCUUCGAUGCUUAUUGCAUAUGCUAUCGUUGGUGCUAUUGUUUUUGUGACGAUGAUGUGUCUGGGCGAGAUGGCAGCGUUUAUGCCUAUUGCUGGAUCAUUUUGUACUUAUGCUGGUCGCUUUGUGGAUGAUGCACUUGGCUUUGCCUUGACUUGGAAUUAUUGGUUCAAUGAUGCAGUCUCCACUGCAUCAGAUAUCAUUGCUCUACAGCUGUUGUUGCAGUAUUGGACGGAUAAUUUCCCGGGUUGGGCGAUAAGUCUAAUCUUCUUGGUGGUCGUCAUUGCGCUCAACGUCAUGUCUGUGAGGGUCUAUGGUGAGAUCGAAUAUUGGCUGAGUUUGCUGAAAGUCAUCACCAUCGUUAUCUUUAUCAUUCUUGGCAUCGCUGUGAACUGCGGUGGAAAUACAGACCACAAAUAUAUCGGCGGUCAAAACUGGCACAUAGGCGACGCACCCUUUGUCGGUGGAAUUGGCGGUUUCGCGUCGGUCUUCGUCACGGCCUCAUUUGCAUAUGGUGGUACUGAGUCUAUUGCCAUCACCGCUGGCGAGACCAAGAGUCCCGCGAAAACGAUGCCCAAAGUCGUCCGCAACGUGUUCUGGCGUAUCAUUCUCUUCUACCUCCUCUCGAUCCUCAUGAUCGGUCUCAAUGUGCCAUACAACUAUCCCGGCCUCUCCGACGGUGACACCAAAACCAGUCCUUUCACAAUCGUCUUCCAGCAAGCCGGCUCCACGGUUGCUGGCAGCUUCAUCAACGCCGUCAUUAUGACCUCUGUCAUCUCGGCUGCAAACCAUGCUCUCUUCGCCGGAGCCCGGUUGCUAUUCACUCUUGCAGUCGAUGGGUAUGCGCCAAAAUUCUUCGGCCAUCUCAACCGUUUCCAGGUGCCCUGGGUCGCUGUUCUUGCGACAUCAGUGAUUAGCGGUCUCUGUUUCGGAGCCAGCUACAUCGGUGCUGGAAAACUGUGGUCUUGGCUACAAAACAUCGUCGGGGUCUCAAAUCAGCUCUCAUGGAUCUGUAUCUGUCUUGCAUCCCUGCGGUUUCGCUCAGCGAUCCGCGCCCAGGGGAUUGAGCAUCUUCUUCCUUUUAAAAACUGGACCUAUCCAUAUGGUCCGAUUUUUGCUGUUGGGCUGAAUGUUGUCCUUGUUCUUGUUCAGGGGUGGAAGUGCUUCAGCCCGCAUUUCAAGAGGGUCGACUUUGUCUCAUAUUACAUUGAGAUCCCUAUUAUGAUUGUCAUGUUCUUAGGUUGGAAGUUGCUCAAGAGAACUCGAUUCGUUAGUAAAUCCGAGAUGGAUUUGCGAACGGAUCGAUAUGAUCCUUCUCAGGAGGAUGGACCCGAGAGUAUGAUUACAGAAAAAAGGAAUGGGGGCUUGGGGCAAAGUUCAACGAUUUGGACAGUGGUUGUUCUUCUGAUUUUGGGGUGCAGAUAUAUUUUCCUAUGA